AUGCAAGAAAUAACAAGGUUGAAGACGCUGGGGAUUCAAAAAUUAAUUCUUUUCCUAUGUCUUCUUGCAGGGAUGGUUUGUGUGACAUUCGCUAUGAGUCCUUUGAACAAGACUGAAUGUUUGGAAUGGCAUAAUAUAUACCGAGCUAUUCACCAGACACCGAGUUUAAACUGGUCUGACACGCUUGCUGCUCGAGCUCAGCUGUGGGCUGAUGACUUAGCAAACCGAGAUGCCUUUGAACACGACAGCAGCAGAGGAAUGGAAGGAGAGAAUCUUUACAAGAGCAGCAUCGACAGUCCCACAGCAUGUAAAAGUGGAACCUAUGCAUUCUACAAAGAGGAGCAGUACUACGAUUAUGAUAAUCCUGGAUUUUCAGUAGCCGUUGGACACUUUACGCAGGUCGUGUGGGUGGACUCAAGGGAACUUGGUGUAGCCAAAGCUAACACAUCUAGCGGAGCAAUUAUUCUGGUCUAUCGUUAUUCACCGACUGGAAACAUCGUCGGAGAAUUUGCCGACAAUGUCCGACCACCUCUCGGAGACGCUUCAACGUACACAAGAUCCCUAUUCAUCAAUGCCUUUACAUUUUGCAGUGUAAUUGCAAUAAACUUGCAUAUGUUUUAG